ACGAAUAAGAAUUUUCGAGACGAUUCCUACAAAACGCGGUUUUGUUUUUCACUUUGCAACUACUUGACUUGUGCAUCAACUUAACACCACAAUCCAUUUUCUGUUUCAAUUUCAGUUUCAGUUUCAGUUUCAAUUUCAGUUUCAAGGUUGAUCAAGCCGCCACUUGAGGAUUUCUUUACAUACUCUUGGUUUUUAAAGAGCUAAUCCGUCUAGCAAAAUGAAGGGACGUGUAAGGUGGGAUGAGGAUAACAUUGGAGAAAUUGAGGCAAACAAACCUGUGAGGCAGAAAAUUACUGAACCUAAGACUCCAUAUCAUCCUAUGAUUGAUGACGACUGUUCUCUAUCACCUGUACGAGGAAGUUUUGAUGCAUGUAUUGAUGAUGAAAAACGUGUAACACAAGUUGAAGCAAUAUGGACUGCUCUGACUGAUGUAGGCUCUAGUAGCAAAAGAGGCACCGGGCAAUCUUUUGGUUGGACAUCAUCUGAGGAUGAGCUAGAAGCAAUGGAACAAGAUGACAAUGAUUCUGAAACAGAUAAGAGCAGAAAUUUUAGAAAGCUCAGAAAGGCCCACUAUGAUGAAUAUCUUAAAGUGAAAGAGCUUCGACAAAAGAGUUCUCGUGUUGAGGAUGAAAGUGACGAGGAUGAUAAUCCUGAACCUGGCAAGGGGGAGAAGAAAUGGGAAUCAUGUUCACUAAGUGAUAGUGUAAAAGAGAUGGACAUUGAGGGACAAAAGUCUCCUACACCUCCAGCUAAUGGUUCUUAGACAGUAAUCAAAAAAUAAAACGCACUUUCAUUUAUUUUAUUCUGCGAAUUGGAAAACAACUAAAUGAUUAAUUGUAUUUUUGUAUUGUUAACCCGUAAAUAUUUUAUUUCUUUCUUGACUA